AUGCCUAGAAUAUACACCAGCACGAACCCCCGGCCAUUCAUCGACGUCCCCAAGUUGGACUUGCUAUCUUUGCUGUUCGACUCCGAGCAUGGUGUCGCCCAAGAUGACACGGUGUUGCAUCUAGAAGCAGCCAAUCCAUCAAAUAAAAUCACAAAGAAAGAUCUUCGAGACUUAGUUCAACGAAUUGCUCAUGGCUUGCACUACCACUACCACAUCGGCACGAAUGGCCCAAACAAAGAUGUGGUGACAGUCAUCAGUCAUGGUCAACCAAUGGUUCCCGCUGCCUUCUACGGUAUCAUUGCUGCCGGUGGAGUUUAUUCAGCCGCCAGUCCUUCUUCAACCGUCGCAGAACUAGCUCGGCAAAUCACGAUUGGCACCAGUCGGUUGAUUAUAUGUAGUUCAGAGUACCAAGAUCUGGUGACUCAAGCCGCACGUCAAUGUGGUGUACCACUAGAAAGAAUUUUGGUCUUAGCGUCCAGUCCCUCAUGGAGUUUGACGAGCCUCGACGGCAAGGUAAAUGCUAUAUCUAGUCAGAAGCUUAGUUGGCAGCGAAUCACCGACCCAACGGCUUUGACCAAGAGUCUCAUUGUAAUUUUGUGGUCGUCUGGCACCACGGGUCUUCCUAAAGGCGUUAUGCUCUCACAUGAGAACCUGGUCCAAGAAUGUUUUGUGAUAUCGGCGUCUGGCCGGGAGUGGGCUGCAAAGCAGAUUGAAGCCGGCAAAGAACUCAAGCCUUACCGGACCUUGGCACAUUUGCCCAUCAGUCAUAUUGCAGGCCUGUUUGGAUAUAUCGUUCUGCCAUUUUACUCUGGUGGUCUCGUGGUAUGGAUGCCGAAAUAUGAGUGGUCGAAGCUGUUGAAAUAUGUGAAAGAGUUUGAAAUUACGACCUUUUACACCGUUCCUUCGAUUUACCUUCGAAUAUCCAAGUCUCCAGACGUUCGAGACCAUUUCAAGUCGGUGGAAGCUGCGUCUACUGGUGCUGCUCCUAUGGAUCGAGACCUCCAGACGGCGGCAAACUCCAAACUUGGCAGUGGAGAGACGUACAUCGGUCAGACCUGGGGAUUGAGUGAGACGACAGGAGCAGUCACAAUGAUGCCGAAAGGGCAGACUGAUGUCACUGGAAGUAUCAGCCCCAUAUUGCCAAACGUAGAGAUCAGAAUGGUCGACGAUGAUUACAUUGAUGUUGAACCGGGACAGGAAGGCGAAAUGUUAGUGCGAGGCCCUCUUGUCACCCAAGGAUACUUCAAUAAUCCUCAAGCGACAAAAGAAGCAUUCCACGAUGGAUGGUUUUGCACUGGUGAUAUUGGAGUCAUACGGGAUGGCAAAUUCUACAUCGUGGAUCGGAAGAAGGAACUCCUCAAAUAUAAAGGCCUCCAAAUUGCUCCAGCUGAGAUCGAGAACCUGCUGUUCACGCACCCCAAGGUCCAAGAGGCGGCGGUGGUUGGUGUCAACAUGCCCAAUGAUCCCAGCACCGAUCUUCCAAGAGCAUAUGUCGUUGCCGAUCCAUCUCAAGUGAGUGAGGAUGAAAUCCAAGAGUUCGUUAAGCAGCGUCUAGCGCCGCACAAGCAAUUACGAGGAGGAGUCGUGUUCGUGGAUGAGUUGCCGAAGAAUGCAAUUGGAAAAUAUUUGAGAAGAGAGCUUAGAGAUCGGGCAAAGAGGGAGCUGGGGUUGAGCAAGGCUGCGAAGCUUUGA